UUUUUCAGCAAGAAAUAAAAUCGCUAUUGCAAAGGGGCCUGACUGCUCUGCACCAGAGUAUACUUGCUUGUAUUUCAGCCUUUUGGGCGUAUUGUUGUGAUUUCUUUAAUAUAAAGUUACCAAAAUGCAAGGUUUAUCAAUUGAGAGCUUGAAGAAGCACAAGGCUCUGAUCCCAUUGUACGUGUGUGUGGGCAUUGGGUGCGCAGGGGCAGUGUUCUACAUCGGCAGGUUGGCCACACGCAACCCUGAUGUCUCCUGGAAUAAGAAGACCAACCCUGAGCCCUGGGAAGAAUACAGGGCCAAGCAGUACAAGUUCUACUCGCCCAUCAGAGACUACUCGAAGGAGGAGUCUCCCGCACCCAAGUACUAGCCUACUGCAUACAAGCUAACUUAAUCAAGUGUUAACGCGAACUUUAGAUGGUAUAAUUUAAUAAAUAGCAACAAUUAUGUGAUAAAAA